AGGGAAUACUUGCUCGCCCUUUCCGAUUUCUUACUCAGGCGGAUGUUGCAAGUGCAUAACUUUUUAACAAACUAUCAUACAGUAUAUGCACUUCUUGUUUGAUUUUAGUUUACAACAGAUAGGGACGAACAAGGAUUUAGGAGAACUCGGAGAGGGAAAAAACGCUAGCAUGAAGACACCUGGUUAUUUUCUUUUGGUAUUGUGUGGGGUGUUUUCUGUUGAAUCAGGGGAUACAGAAACCGAUUAUUGCCAAAAACUAAACGGCGAUCAAUGUGCCUUGUCUGGUAAAUGGAAAAAUCAGCUCAAGUCGGAGAUGGAAAUUAUUUGCAAAGACGGAACCAUCUCGGGCAAGUAUACCAGCGCCGUGGGGCAGGCUUCGAAGGAGUAUGACUUGAUGGGGAGGUAUACACAGGUCAAUGACAAGGACUACAUGUUAGGGUGGUCAGUGGCUUGGAAAAACAAGUACCAAGAUGCCAAGUCCGUGACUAGCUGGACGGGCGUAUUUUACGCCGCGGAGGGAGUGAUUAGGACCCAGUGGAUACUCGGUCGCUUCGAAGAUCCGGACGAUUUCUGGGAGACGUUCAUCACAAACCAAGACACUUUUACCAAAAUUAGCCAGUGUUAAAUUUCUAUGCUGUCAGAUUUCAAACAGAUGAAUGAAAGUGUACGUCGUUGACUAUGCCUGAUCACUGUAGCUUAAUAAUGCAUGUACAUGUAUGUGUCCUAUAGCUAGGUAUACAGUUCUUCCUCAGAGUGCUUUCCUAAAUUUAAUUUUAGCCAGGGUUAUCUUAUCCCUUCGAAGAUAAAAAUUAAACUGAAGUAAAUCAGAAAAAUGUUCUUUGAGUUUUAAAUGUACACAUGAUAAACAACAGGAAAAUG